AUGGCCUUUUACAUUUUCAUUUGCUCCCUGGAGGAAUGGGGUAGGAUUCGUGCACACAAGGCAACCAUUACUCCGUCAGAGAGGCUGCUGGAAGGAGCGAAUGGUGAGAAACCAUCGUUCGUUGUGGUGGAUGCAGCUGUAGGAGUACAGAGGGAGGUUGCUCGCAAUUUCUGCCGUCACGAAAAGAAAUUCGCACUUCUCCCGUACCACGAAGAGCUUACGAAGGAGUUGGAUGCACGCUUCGAACAUAUUAAGCAUGGUAUUGUGAUUGCAGUUCUUGUGAACGAACAACGACCAGCUCUUCGCAACUUCAUCUUUGCACUGAAAACGUGA